AGCAUAGCAGCCGUGAAGCCGACACACAGAGGAGAGAAAGGGGAGAAGGGGGAGAGACUGAGAGAGGAGGAGGAGGAGGAGGAGGGGGAAGAAAAAAGAGAAACAACUUUGUCAAACUGCAGGCUUUGCCUUGCCGAUGGGCUUCAGCACUGUGCUUCUGUGAAGUGGUCACUCACCCAGGGGUGCACAGCGGUGUGUAUGACUGAGUGUAUGUGCGUGUGACCCAGAAGCCAUGUCAGAUCCCAGGGACAUCGACGAGGAUGCCAUCCUCAAGGGCCUCAGCGCUGAGGAGCUGGAUAAGCUCGAGUAUGAGUUGCAGGAGAUGGACCCCGAGAAUGCCAUGCUGCCAGCUGGUUUCAGGCAGCGAGACCAGACAAAGAAGAGCCCGACGGGGCCGUUUGACCGUGACGCCCUGAUACAACACCUGGAGAAGGAGGCCAUGGAGUUCCCAGACAGGGACGACCUGGUGCCCUUCACUGGGGAAAAGAAAGGAAAGACAUUUGUGGCCAAGAAAGCAGCAGAGAUCCCCGAGCACGAGCAGGUGAUCCUGGAGCCGGAGCUGGAGGAGGCUCUGAAAAAUGCAACUGAUGCAGAGAUGUGUGAUAUUGCAGCUAUCCUUGGAAUGUACACACUGAUGAGCAACAAGCAGUACUACGAUGCUCUGGGCACCACGGGCACAAUCGCCAACACAGAGGGCAUCAACAGUGUUGUGAAACCGGAUCCAUUCAAGAUCUUCCCAGAAGAACCACCAAACACCACCAACGCAGAGGAAACCCUAGAGAGAAUCCACAACAACGACAGCAGCCUGACUGAGGUCAACCUCAACAACAUCAAGGACAUUCCCAUCCCGACACUGAAAGAGAUCUUCGAGGCGAUGAAGGGGAACUCUCACGUGGAAUCUUUGAGCAUUGCUGCGACCCGUAGCAAUGACCCUGUGGCCUAUGCAUGUGCUGAGAUGCUGCAGGAGAACACCAGCUUGCAGAGUCUUAAUAUUGAAUCUAACUUCAUCACUGCAGAUGGCAUGAUGGCGAUCAUCAAAGCUAUGGCUAAUAACGCUACACUGGUGGAGCUCAAGAUAGACAACCAGAGGCAGAAGCUGGGAGACUCGGUGGAGAUGGAGAUUGCCUCCAUGUUGGAGAACAACUCCAGCAUCCUCAAGUUCGGCUACCACUUCACCCAGCAGGGUCCUCGUGCUAGAGCCGCCAUGGCCAUCACAAGAAACAACGACAUGAUUCGCCAGCAGAGAUUAAGAUGAAAGCAAUGAGAAGCAAACAGAAGAACCGCCAUUUCAACCACCUCAGAGCCAACAAAAAGUGCCAAUGAAGUUCUCUCGCCAGCUUCCUCACUACGGUGCCCCGGUGCUGAACCAUAACCCGGGUGUGACAUCCAUGUUCAUGCCAUUUCAUUUCAUUUACUGCAGCAAACUUUGUGUAGACUGCUGAAUUCAUCAUAAAGACAUGUAUAGGUUACAAGCAAAAUGUGACGCGUGUGUCUUUUUUUUCUGCUUUUAGUUUUUAUGCAUCACCAGCAUCAUCCCAAACCUUUCAUUCAUAAAAACAUUUUAAUUGUGGUGCUACAUGAAAUGUGGGAAGGAAAUAAAAUCUGUAAAUACUUUGAAUAAAAAUAUAUUCAGCUAUUA